AAAUCAAAAUGUUGGCGAUUUAUUGUUGCUUAGAAACGAAAGUACCUAAACAUUGGUCUUCUUUACAAGUUGUUUUGAGGCUGUUUUGCUUAGCAGUUCAAUAACCAACUUAAGCCUAAAAAUGGAUUAUGAUUUAGCUCGAAUUGAUUAUACUCUUUGUGGAGUAACAUAUCCAGAUGCGUUAAAAAUUUUACCGUCUACUGACCAAAAAGUGCAACAAAAGUUUGCAGUAGGAGAUAAAAAUGGAGUAUUGCAGUGUUUAAGUAUUAAGGAUGAAGAACCAGUUGUCCACUUUAAAACCUUACCAGGAAAACCUAUCACUUCUGUACAACUUGCUUCCUCUGUAGGAACCAAUGCAGAUAAAAUUUUUGCUGCUUCGGGGAACGAAGUAAAAGGUUAUACUAAAAAAGGCAAAGUAUUCUUCAGCAUUGAAACUUCAGUUUCUGAAACGAUUACAUCCAUGAUAUAUAUAUUUAGGUGCGUCUUGGGCAACGACCUCAUUUUAUGUUCUGGAAGAACGGUUACACUCUAUAGGGAACUACAGGAAAUAUAUUGCUAUGUUUGUGAAGAUAGAGUGCUUGACGCUAUUGCUUUUGCUACACGGAAUAGAAAUCGUAUACGAAUAUUAGUGUUAAUUGCAAACAAAGAAGCACUAAUUAUUGAGAACGGGAAUAUGCAAAAGCGGACCCAUAUUUCGGCUGGGCCGACUCGGUUUAUUGUACCGCACUCUCUACCGACAUCUGAAGUAUACGCAUUUUAUGGUGCUGUAGACGGUUCCACCGGGCUCAUUUCUUAUGAUGAAUCAGAGUUAUCCGCUAAAUGUUUAGUGGAAGGGUGUGGAUUGGGCUCUAUCAUGUGCGUUGGAUGGUUUACCAAUAAUUCUGGCACGCAUCUUGCGGUAGGUCGGCAUGAUGGUUCCAUCCAGUUGUAUCUUGUCAGCAUGGACGACUUGAGUGAAAAACCGAGAUUGAAGUUUACUUAUUUUUCCGGUGAGCCUGUAACCUCUGUUUGUGGCGGUUGUAUUGGAACGGAUGAACCAGAAUUGCUUGUUACAACUUUUUCGGGACGAAUAUUCGGUUUAAGAUCAAGCAGGCUUAUUGCCUCGUCAAACAAAACUUCUGGUGAGGCUCUUGCUACGCGGCGUUCAAAACUUGAGUCCGAAGUUUCACGUUUAGAAAAACAAACGGCAAACGAGCGUGAAAAAUAUAAAAAGAUCACACGUUCUUCAUUUUCCGGAGUGUCAGCACCGCCCUUACUAGAUAUACAACAUGAGCUUUCAGGAGCCACUCACAAUGGUUGGCAAGAAGCAAAAAUCACAUCUGCAGUACCCCUCGACAUGCUCUUUGUAUAUUGUGAUAGCCAACUAGAAAUUCAGACUGAUAACGCAGCCGUGCUCAGUACAUGUGCUCCACAAGAAUACAACAGAACAGAAUUGUUAACAUCAAUUAGAUGUCAGGCUGGAACACGGCGAGUUUGGCUGCGUAUGCGCAUUGUGAAUUUUGAGGACACAAAGAUGGAAGGAACUCGCGUGCUCGUCUAUAUUUUACCAGCAGGAGCUCCGAGAGUCGCUCGAGUUAUUAAGUUUCAUUUGCCCAUUUUACCACACUACUCAAAAUAUGAAUCCUUAGAAAUCGAAGAAAAUAAAAGGCCUUGGUGUGAGCUUCAAGUAUCAGGAGGUUUCUCGGUAGCUGAAAUAACGUCUUGGUUAACGGAUGUUCUACCAGGAGAACUACCUAGACCUGCUAACAAAGUUUCUUUUGCACGAUCACAUUCUUUCCUUGGUACCUCACUCAUAUGCAAAUACCAGCGUGGUUCGGCUGUUUUCAAGUCGGACAAUAUAUCCACAAUAGUGAUAUUGAAAAAUUUUAUUUCAAACUGUUGCUUAAAAAGAAAUAUCAGGGAAGAAAUUUCCUUUGAUGUUCCAGAAGAUUUUUGCGUGACAUCAUUUCAAUUGUUAAAAGAUAAAUUUAAAUCCGAAUACCAAAGAAAAAAAGAAAUGGAUAUCAAAAAGGCAAUAAGUUCUCUAGAUUUGGAUGAAAUGACCAUAAAUGAUGAAACUAUGCCAAUAUUAUGUGAAGACUAUCUCCUUAUUUAUAAUUCAUCAGAUAUUAAUAACACUGAAACAAAUUUUGAUGAAUUAACGGAGACAGUAACAAAAUGGUAUGUAGACUGGUGGAAAUUAUAUUCCACUGAAAGUUUUGUUAAUAAUGAUGAUUUAAAAACACUACAAAAUGUUUUAAAAAAUUGCCAACUUGAUGAAGUAGAAAACAUUAUGGAUUUUAAACAAAAGUCAUCACAAAAUGCAAAAAUAAACUAUUACUAAAACAUUGGUAACAAUAACUCAUGUUAGAUAUUAAGCAAAGA